AAUUGUAAAUUUGAAAUAGGAAGAUGCAAAAUGUGCAUAAUCGUCAUAUACAAUAAUUAUAUUUUUAGGAUUUGAGUUCACAACAAUUAAUCUGCAAAAUGAAGAAUCAAUAUUUAGUUACCGCUUUGAAGAAACAAUAGAAAUAGUACUACGGAUGGAUAAAUAAAGAGUAAAAAGAAUAUUUAUUAGCAGUUGAGAAAGUCUAAGGAAUAAAAAAAAUGUGAAAAAACACAAGACUAGACACUGAAAUUUGUGUUUGAUGAAAGGUUUAAUUAGGAAACAUGCCUUUUAAACCAGUUACUCAUGUGUUAUUUGAUAUGGAUGGAUUGAUAUUAAACACUGAAGAUCUUUAUACGUUGGGUUUUCAAGAAAUUGCUUCGCGGUACGGAAAAAAAUUUACGUUUGAACUAAAAUGCCAAAUAAUGGGUCAACAAAGUAAAGAAUUUGCAAAAUCUAUAAUUACGGCGCUGGAAUUACCCAUGUCCGUAGAUGAAUUUUUAGUUGAGACGCGGAAAAUUUUUAACGAUUUAUUUCCACUAUGUUCAGUAUUGCCAGGAGUCGAGAGACUAAUUAGGCACUUAAGCAAAUGUAAUAUUCCAAUAGGUUUGGCUACAAGUAGUAGUCAAGAAACAUAUGAAUUAAAAACUAAGAACCACAAAGAUCUGUUUGAUUUAUUUACUUAUAAAACAUUGGGAUCUUCAGACCCGGAUGUGAAACGAGGAAAACCACACCCAGAUAUAUUUUACACUGCUGCUGCUAAGUUUCUCGAGAGACCGAACCCUCAACAUUGCCUGGUCUUUGAAGAUUCACUAAAUGGGGUGCUGGCUGCUGCUGCAGCUGGCAUGCAAGUUGUAUUAAUACCCGAUUCCCGUCUAGACCAUUCAUUGGCUUCUGACGCUACACUGAUCAUUGAAUCAAUGGAGCAUUUUAAGCCAGAACUUUUUGGUCUCCCGCCAUUACAUGAGUAGUAAGUGCAAAUACAAUUCAACAAGUU